UUCGGACUACACUCGCGAGCGGUCUAAGGACUCAGCAAGCCUCCCCGGCCCCGCUACAAUGGUUCAACUCGGGUCCCAUGUGUGGACGGUUCGCAGCCUUGUCUUGGUCGCUGCAUUGUUCCAUCUCGUAUCCAGCUCAAUCAUUGCCACGUUCACGGACGACAAAUGCAAAAAUGCAUUUCAAAGCUUCAAUGUUGAAAAUGGCUACCCCAAUGGCACCUGUUCCAGAUUGGCUGACAAUGGCAAAUAUGGGAGUUUCCAGGUUGUCGAUCUCGAUCCCGGUUGCAGUGCGACAAUCUAUGGCGCCGAUGCUGAGGAGUUUGUGCCUUGCUCUUCAACCGCUCUUCAAUUCGCACAGAUAGCAGCCUGUUACAAUGCUUCAUGGGUUUACUACAGCGUCGACAUGUGCACUCCGCCCAACCCGACUAUUAAUCCCUCGCGCCCAACAGGAACCUCUAAUGAGGCAAGCAAUUCUAAAAAGAGUAAUACGGGCGCCAUAGUUGGUGGUGUCGUCGGCGGUGUGGGCGGUCUUGCUCUGGUCGGCCUCGCCUUCUUCCUGGUCUAUCGUCGUCGUCGUCGCAACAAGAAACACGCUCUUGCGCAACCACCUGCCGUGCCACCGCCGCCCGAAGUUGCUGGAAACGAUAUCAACGAGCUGCCACAAGACGGUGUAAAGCCAGAGAUUUAUACAUCGGAAGCUAAGCCGCAUGAGAUUGGGAGGAACAGCCUGUAUAUUCCACCAGAGCAGCCGCCUGCGGAGCUCGAAGGAAGCGCAGCUGUUCGGGAUGAGAAACACGGUGUCUAGGCUAUCGUAGGCGGAUGCUUGUAGUAUAACAUGUGUCAUGGAUACAUGUCCUAACACCUAUCAACAUAUCAACAUAUUACUAACAAACGAAGUCUACUUUCUCUCGCUCUCUGAAUUGUCUCUGUAACGUGUGCAAAAGACUCAUUAAUUUGGUGUCUUCUAUCUAUGAUAGGGGUAUGGGGGAGGUAUAAUUUUUGAAAAGGGAUCACUUCAUGUUAGCGAUAUCCUAAACCUAACUCUGGGCAGAAAACAAUCUCUUUACCCUCUCUUUUGCAUGUUGUGUGGAAGCGGUAAGAACUUGAAGAAAUAACUAGAGGGCGUACUAGCGAGAUGAUCGAAUUAUUUUUGUAUGGAGUGCUAGGUAUGUGGGAGUUUGGACCCAGAGCUAGUUUCUCGCAAUCACAUUUAAGAGAAGAGAAGACUUUUUCUUCACAAUGAAACAGUUCAAGAU